AUGGAAGAAUUAGAAAAGAAAGAUAGAUCAUCACGAGCAGAAGAGGAACAAGAAGAGUCAAAGAUAUCAAAAAAGGAAAUGAAAAAGCCUUACUAUGAAAAAAUGAAAGCAGGUAUCGAUUUACGAGUUGACACGAAUAUACAACCACAACAGCAACAAAUGGAUGAUCGACGACUUAAAAGAGCACAUUAUUUAGCUAAUAGUGGCAGCUUUUUUGUGAAUAAAGCACAAGUCAAAUCUAACAUAGAAAAGAAGCCUGUGACCUGUUGGACAACUACAAGUUGGAUUUUAACAUGGUGGGCGCCUUCUUUCUUAUUACAGACCUUUGGCAUUAAAGAAAAAACAAUGCAACAGGCAUGGCGUGAAAAAGUAACGUUGGUUCAAAUUAUUGUCUUUUUAUGUACACUUGUAGGAUUCUUAACAUUUGGAUUUAAUGCUGCCGUUUGUGGUCGUCAAACGAAUCGUAUUCAACCUACAGGUAUUCAAUCUCAUCAUAUCGUUAUCUCUGGUCGCGCCUAUGACCUUCAAACAUUUAGACAUCCUAUCUCAUCCACUAUUUUACGUGAUCCUCGUAUCCAACAGUCACCCAUUGAUUCACAUGGUAUUGAUUUACAAGAAUUUGGGGGUCAUGAUUUAUCUUUUCUAUUUCAAACCGUCAAUUAUAAUUGUAAGGGGAUCUUGAAACCCAUUCAAGCAGAUGAUAAUGAGGGGAACGUAGGCAAUUAUUUUCCUUGCGUUACCUUUGAUUAUCUAAAUCAGGGUUAUAUUCAGGGCACGGACAAUGAGGAACGUCAUGGUUGUCAUACCAAUUUGAGAGCACGUACUUCAUUGAGACGUUUGAAUGUUGUAGGUGAUAUUUAUUAUAAUUGGACAGAUAUACAAAAGCCCAAUACAAAUUUAGUAGCCUUUAAUGGUAAUGUAUUAGAUUUAUCUCGUCUUCGUUACUUGACACAUAAUAUCCCUUUACCAAGUCAGGUGGCACAAAUUGUAGGACCAGGAAAUGCGUUUAUUGGACGUGAUGCAACCUAUUGGCUUAGUACGACUGCAGAUCGGUUACAGAUCGGUAAAUGUCUGACAGAUAUAUUAAAAGUGGGUGUAGUCGAUACAAGAUCAGCUGGGUGCAUCAUCUCAGAUAUCGUACUUUGGGUUUCAUUAGCUGUCAUCUUGGGUGUCGUUGUGAUUCGAUUCCUGUUAGCUCUUAUAUUUGGAUGGUUUAUUUCAUGGAAUUUGGGGAGUAUUCGAGAGGAGACAGAUGAGGAAAGACGUAAGAGAAGAGAAAAGGUGCUUGAAUGGGAGAUGAAUAAUGUAGAAGAUAUGCACUUCCCUCGUACACAAAGUAUUCAAUCUUUGCCUGAAAAUGUUCAAAGUGAUGUUGUUAUCAGUCAUAGAAUGGCGACUGAAAAUAGUAACAACACUAUCACAGAGAUUAUCCCCAUGACAAAUGAGGAACGACCGAUGAUGGCACUUCAUUCAAGUAGUCGAAGACGAUUCUUUCCAACCAUCUCACGAUUUACACAACCAAAUUCACCACGUAUUCUCAAUAGUGCCUCUCGAUCUCAUUAUUUUGCUCCUUCCUCUUUAGGAGGUACUCUGUCAUCUCCAAUUCCUUAUACUAUCAGUUCUCAAUUCUUUCGUACAUUCUCUGCUUAUCAUCAGAGACAGCCAUAUCAAAGCGAUAAAUCAUUCUCUACACGUACUUUACAAGAACAGCUUCAAUAUAAUUUCAAUUUUGAUCUCUUACAUACCUUCAUGGUCGUCACUUGCUAUUCUGAGGGAGAGGAAGGCUUAAGAACAACCCUCGAAUCAUUAGCGACUACUGAUUAUCCCGUCUCACAUAAAUUAUUACUUGUCGUUUGUGAUGGUAUUAUUACGGGGGUAAAGCCCAGUUCCUAUGUGGCUAUCGCCGAUGGUGCAAAACGACAUAAUCGAGCCAAAGUCUAUGCUGGUUACUAUGAUGGUAUAAAUACAGAUUCAGAUGAUAAUAGAGUGCCCAUGAUCGUUAUCGUCAAAUGCGGUACAGAAUCAGAAAUAAAAGAUAAUAAGAAACCAGGAAACAGAGGUAAACGCGACAGUCAAGUCAUCUUGAUGAACACGAUGCAAAAGGUAUAUUAUGGUGAACGUAUGUGUGAGCUAGAGUAUCAAUUUUGUAAGGCCAUUGUGAAGUUGACAGGAAAUCACCCUUCUAAAUUUGAAACUUGUUUGAUGGUUGAUGCUGAUACAAAAGUAUAUCCUGAUUCCUUAGCUCGUAUGGUUGCCUGUAUGUCAAGAGAUCCUUAUAUAAUGGGGUUAUGUGGGGAAACAAAGAUUGCAAAUAAGGGUGAUAGCUGGGUUACAGCAAUUCAAGCAUUUGAAUCUAUCUUUGGCGGUGUAACAUGCUUGCCAGGCUGUUUCUGUAUGUAUCGUAUUAUUGCCCCUAAAGGAGAUCGUUAUGUUCCUAUCAUUUGUUCUUCAGAUAUAAUUGAAAUGUAUUGCGAAAAUAUAGUUGACACAUUACACAAAAAGAAUUUAUUACUUUUAGGUGAAGAUCGUUAUUUGACUACCCUUAUGCUUCGCACUUUCCCUAAACGAAAAUGA